GUCAAAUACCCCGAGAACUUCUUCCUGCUGCGUGGCAACCACGAGUGUGCCUCCAUUAACCAUAUCUAUGGCUUUUAUGAUGAGUGUAAGAGUCGGUAUAACAUCAAGCUGUGGAAAGACGUUCACAGACUGCUUCAACUGUUUACCCGUGGCUGCGAUUGUAGAUGAGAAGAUCUGCUGCUGCCAUGGAGGCCUCUCUCCAGACCUCCAGUCCAUGGAGCAGGUUCGCAGAGUGAUGUGACCCACGGAUGUGCCUGACCAGGGCCUGCUGUGUGACCUGCUGUGGGCCGACCCAGACAAAGAUGUCCUGGGCUGGGGCGAGAACGACCGUGGGGUCUCCUUCACAUUCGGGGCAGACGUGGUGGCCAAAUUUUUGCACAAACAUGACAUGGACCUUAUAUGCAGGGCACAUCAGGUGGUAGAAGACGGAUACGAGUUCUUUGCAAAGAGACAGCUUGUUACUCUGCCCCUAACUACUGUGGAGAGUUUGAUAAUGCCGGUGCCAUGAUGAGUGUGGAUGAGACCCUCAUAUGCUCCUUUCAGAUUCUCAAGCCAGCGGAUAAGAAGCUCUACUCUUACGGUGGAGGUGGAGGAAUGGGAUCUGGACGCCCGGUCACCCCGCCACGAAAUUCCGCUAAUGGGCGGAACGGCCAAUAA